AUGGCUACAAACAGCAAUCCACAUCACUCAGUAGCAACGGCUGAUCGCUCACCAUUAUCAUACACGAGUUCUUCAUUGAGGAGCGCACCGGGGAGUCGCCGUGAACGAUUGCGUUCUUUCGCACGUGCCACUAGUCAAGUCAUCAAGCAAGAGAUCAACAAGUACUAUGAUUCGCUACCUGCAAACAACGAUGACCAAGCCAGCGUAAAGGACACGGAUUCUAUAUCAAGUCAACCAAGGUCAACAGCCGAAUCGACACGUUCUUUACCGCCUUCUCGACCCGGUGUCGUUCGAACGAGGACUCAAUCAAUGAAUGAUUUGGAACCAUCCAAUAGCAGUAGCACCGGCACCAUUACACCCGACAGUGGGAAACCGCAUUGUAUGUUAUUUCCGACAUACGCCUGUAAAACAAUUGAUCACAACAACCAAACAAAAUGGCGUGUACGGUUGGCAGGAUGGACAUUUGCUUUGCCCGGUUCAAGUCGUAUUGAGCGUUGGAUAUUAGCUGCAGGGCGGACAUACGGCGGUCUUUCCGCUAAUUCGGCAGAGGAUGUGCAUUUUGCUCGAUUAUUGAAUCAAUUUCGUUGCCAAACGAUGCGAGGCGUGGAUCUUCUUUUAUCAGUCGUCGAUGUCAUUCCAGUUGAACGGGCUUUGAUCUAUCAACAUCAUUCAUCUUCUUCUUCAUCUUCUUCUUCUUCAUCAUCAACAUCUUCUUUACCCGACAAUGUCAUUACAAAUGAUACACCACCAACUACAUCAACAUCAACACCACCACCGCCAAAUCAUAGUCGACAUCCUUUUAGUUUACAUCAUAUUCGUGACAAGGCAACCGAUGCACUCAAGGCUUUCAUGAUUAACUCGGGCCCCACGGGACGUUUCGAGCAUCUGCUGACACUCGAUCUCUCUCACACUCUUCAUGAUGCAACUCGAAAGAUGCUUCGGCUAAAGGCUUCAUUCGACAACAGACUAGAUGCCACGCAUCACGAUGGCUAUGUAGACUUGAUCGAACCCGAAGGCAUCUCCAUCAUUUCGGACAUUGAUGACACCAUCAAGAUUACUGGUAUCCUUGAUGGAAAGGAUACGAUUCUCCAAAAUACGUUCUUCCGUAAAGCUGACGAGGUGCCUGGCAUGUCCGAGGUCUAUCGUAAAUGGGUCGAGCAAGGUGCUCAUGUGCAUUACGUAUCCAAUUCACCAUGGCAGGUGUAUCCAGCACUAAGCGAGUUUUUGCAUGAUCAACAAUUUCCUCCUGGAAGUAUGCAUUUGCGUGCUGUUAGCACAGGUGAUUUGAUUCGACGAAAGGCUGCACAACACAAACUAGACGUGAUACCCCAAAUCAUUCAGGAUUUUCCAAAACGUAAAUUCAUUCUUGUCGGUGACUCUGGUGAACGCGAUCCUGAAAUCUAUCGUAUGCUUUAUGAUCGCUUCCCCGACCAGAUCAUCAAGAUAUUCAUCCACGAUGUUACGAGCGAGCGAGCUAAACGUGCAGACCAACGAGAGCUUGAAAGAUCGGAUUCGUAUUACAAUGGGUUGCGAAGAUUCCUUAGCCGAGAACAACCACCAGGAUUACCACCUCGGCCCCAACGAAGCGGCACAUCUACAACAGCCAUUAUGGAUGUCAUUGGUGAUACAGAUAUACCAGAGGAAGAAAAAGUCAUGGAAGACCCAGCUGUUCCACUGAAGACCAAGCUUGAUAUAUUCCACGAGAGAAUGGAAGAGAUAGCAAAAGGUUUGCCUCAGGACACAUUUACAUUGUAUACCCUAGCAUCCCAGCUGGUCACGGAUGCCAAAGUUUCCUCAGAGUUUGCUCAAGCACAACAACCCCUUAUACAGCUAUAA